AUGUCGGUUAUGCAGCAUGAUCGACCUCCUCACCAUUUCAACGGACGUGCUUCGUAUGGUCCUCCUCCCGCAGAUCCUCUUCACCGACCUAACAUCCGGUCCUACUCGAUGCCGUCGGGAGCGACGAACGUCAGUGCGCAGGCAUCAUACGACACAACUCCGCGCUUUUCCCCAGUCUCAUGGCACGGUACGAUCGAGGUGCUUGGCUAUACCCCGCACGAGGCCCCACGAGGGCGUCUGACGGUCGAUGUAUCAUACGGAGACUCUGCCUCGCGCUCGGUGUGCUUCCGUAUUGUGGUCGCGCGGAAACCUAUAGCGACUGCUGUCAGGAAUAUCGGAGCCGGAGGUCAACCUCUGUGGCGCCUGGAGGGCGAACUUCCUGCCUUCGACGCACUGUCCUCCUCGGUCCCUACGGUGGAUCUGUCGGUUCAAGUUGUCGACUCUCGCGAUAACAAGAUACUAGACUCCGCUAUAUUCGGUGACUUUAGAUAUAUUCUUCCUUCACUUAAUAUCGAGACACACCCGCCGACCGUUGGUUCAUCCACUACCACUCGUCCGUCUGCGCGCACUUCUUCGUGGCCUACCAUUCGCCGACGAGAUGCCGAAGGCAACCGUCCUAUUGCUGGUGGUAUCUCUCAACAACCGAAGCUCUAUUUCGAGACUCCCCCAGAAGAUAUGGAAUUCGGCCUUAAUGACACCGAAAGAUACCUCCGCCGACGACUCGUACGCUUUCAGCGUGUUUUGGAUGGUACUACACUUCGGGUUUCCUGCCAGCCCAUCCGUCACGACGAAUAUGACGACAAAUUCGCCGUCGUAUCCUGCAUCUACAUCCCCGAGACUGAUCGAUGUUGCAUCACGUCGGUCGACAUCAUCUCUCUCAUGGAGUUCUUCGUGCGCGACAAAUUUGUCGAGGACGAGAAGAACCGCAUUCGCCGCAAUAUAGAGUGCUUACGACCGACUACGGUGUCCAAGACGAGGGAGAGCACGGAGCUACUUUGGGACCUCAUCAUGGAGUUCCCGCGACCGAAGCCACGCAACAUCGAAAAGUGCAUUAAGGUCUUCCACUGGGCUGUGUUGAGGGAUGCACUGGAGAAGGUCAUGUCUCGAUAUGAGAUCGUCACCGUUCCGCCACAACCUGAAACAUCACCGUCCACUCCUCAAUACGAACGUUCCUAUCCAUCAUACUCCUCCGUACCACCUAGCGAGUCGUUAUCAAAUCCGUCUCUCCUGCGAAUCGCUCCUGAAAGUCCAAUGUUGACCUACCCUGAAUCGUCGUUUCCAUCGGAGGUUGGUCAUCGCGGUGGUUAUGAGAUGGGGCCCGACGUCAAGCCGUCGAGCGCACUGCACACCCCUUACCACACUCCCUAUACACCGAUACAUGGAACCAGCUACUUCCCGUACCAAACACCACAGUACUAGAUCGUUUCCUGGUACUGUUGUUUGC